AAUGCAGACCCUUGGCAUACUGUAGAAUAUAGACUUCUGUAACUGUUUAGACACUUGCAAACAUUGGUUUUCAGCAAAUCAACUUGAAUGAAUUAGGAGUCUUUGUGUUGUACAGAAGAUAUACCACUUAUUCUUGGCUUUGAAGAUGUUGCAUGUCACCCAUGCUGUUAAAGCACCAGAUAGUGCAUCAUAUUUGUUUUUGCAUUCAAACAUUUUGGAAUGUUUUAAUGUGCACAUUUUCUGAGUUGUGGUGAGAAUACCAUACAGUAUACCAAGGACUGAUAGAAGCUGGGCUUGCUUGGAAGAACAUGAUAUAGUAAGCGAGUAAAUUUCAUCUGUAACCAUGCUUUUCCCAUUUAGAAUAUCAUUAUUAAACUUUUCUCUCUGUUAUUUGUGUGUGUGAUUUUUGUAGUGGAGAAGGCAAUUGCAGAGCCCCCUCCUUGAUGACUGAAACUGUGGGUCCUCUGCAGCGAACAGGGGAUUGUAGACAUUUACAAAAGGCCAGCAAGCAUUCGCGCCCCCCUGUGUUUUCCUGGUGUAUAAACACUUAAUAACUCUUCUCUCUUUUUUUGUGUUUUAGUGUUUUAAUCAGAGAGGAAUUGUAGCAAGUUAAACCACAUCUUUUUACAUUUAAUUUUAUAACAGUGCAUCAAUUUAACUGAAUCUGGUAUUGAAACUAAAACAUCUGAAACAGUAAUUGUGUGUAGAUGUUUUCAAAAUUGGUAGAAUAACAUUUAUAUUUUUUUAAAUCCAGCAUUAUUUUAGGAUUUUUAACAAUUUUGCAAGUUCAGUAUCGGUCAUUUUAAAACAUUCAGCAGUCGUAAGUUUUAUGUGAUUUUAUAUUCUGUCUAAUGUCAUAGCAAUUGGAGCUGCUAUUAAAAGAAAAUAGUUAGAAUGAAGAUGUUAGGGCUAACAUGCAUAGCAGUGUGCAUGUGUUGAGAUUUAUUAGGGCCUAGAUUUGUAGUUUUAUUUUUUAUUUUUUGGUCUCCUAGUAAACCUACAUUUUCACCUGUCAGCAUGCCAUUUAAAUAUGGUGUUGGCACAUGAUUAUUUUAUGGGCUCUGGGCAUUUCAUAGUCAUCCAUUGUAGUUGAAAUCGCGCAUUGAUCUGUAAGUCCUUUGCCAAUAUCACUUUCUCUAAUAGAGCAUACAUGAUCAAACCAAAUACACUAUGUUGACAGGGAAUGGGACACAAGAAGUAAAUUACAGUACUAUACUGUAGAAUGUUUUGAUGAAAUCCACUCCAACUAUUGUAGAAAGAAGGGUCCAAUACCUUUUUUUAACAGUGGUUUUUCUUUUUUUGUUGUUGUGUUUUACAGUUCUUUUUCCUGGUUCAGCCAGACCUAUUUACCAGGCCCUGCUGAAAAUACCACCCAACAGUUUUGUCUUCUGCAGCUAAUCCAGUUUCUCAAGUGCCCUUUUAUAUGUUGUAUGUUUUUUUCUAAGAUGGUAGACAGUAAGGUGAUUACUGAUUUUAUAAACCGCUAUGGGAUAGAAUUUCACAGAUUUUCUUGGGGGAAUCUUGGGCACACAUUACAUGCUAAUGAGGGGGCUUUUGCUGGCACUAAACCUUUCUAUUUUGAGGGCAUCCAGUUUUCUGUGCUCUUGUAAGGGGCAACAAGAAUGGAGGAUCAGAGGCCUGUUGAUGCUGUUGGCAAUAUGUUUUUUCUUUUUCUUUGCCUAUUCGGAAUCAGUUUGCAGUCGAGUGACAUAACGUUUCCUUUAGCUCGUAUGUUAUUGCACCAGGUAAGAAAUAAAAAGACCAUGCUUCUGUGUUUUGAGAGAUCCACGUUGACAGACUGGCACAACGUAGCCUACUUAUCCAUAAGUAACCAGCAAAAGCCCAGGAAAGGGAAUCUCUAAAUUUCAGUCUGUUAAAUGUAUUUUACCUGUUUAUGGUAAGUGUAUACAAUUCAUAAUGAACUGUACCAUGCUGUUGACCCCAAAAAUCAUAAACUCUUUUGUUUUGUGUAUCUUGAUUUUUCUGUGUGCUUUAUAGCGAAGCAGCUGACACGAGUCGCUUGUUCAUAAAACAUCUUUUGAAACUUGAGAGCACACCCCACUGGAGAACCGACUGUGCUUGCUUACGUUUGGUUCAUGACUAAAAAAUCAAGUACAGGAGUAAUUCCUGAUGAGGCUAAAGCUUUGUCUUUGUUGGCGCCAGCAAAUGCUGUUGCAGGGCUGCUUCCAGGGGGAGGACUUCUUCCUACACCAAAUCCACUAGCAUCGAUUGGAGGCGUUCCUUUGUCAGCUCUGGGGGGUCCCACACUUGACCAAGGCCUUGCUGCGUAUGGGUUGCAAGGAGCAAACUUAAAUUCUCAGUCUCUGGCAGCAGAUCAGCUUUUGAAGCUCAUGAGCAGCGUGGACCCAAAGUUGAAUCAUGUGACAGCAGGACUAGUGAACCCAGCAAUGAAAUCGGAUGCCUCAAGUAAAGAAAUAGAGGAAGCUAUGAAGAGAGUCAGAGAAGCGCAGUCCUUGAUUUCUGCUGCUAUUGAGCCUGGAAAUAAGAAAGACGACAAACGGAAACAUUCAAGAUCCCGAUCCCGAUCUAGAAGGCGAAGGUCCCGUUCCCGCUCCAGACAUAGACGUUCAAAGAGCAGAUCCAGACGAAGGUCACAAUCCAAAUCAAGAAGCAGAAGGCGAUCUAAAAGUCCUAGGCGUCGGAGAUCGCAUUCUAGAGAUAGGAGCAGGCGUUCUAGAAGCAAAUCCAGGGAUAGAAAGAAAGAAGAAAAAGAGAAGAAACGCUCUAAAACUCCACCUAAGAGCUACAGUACUACCAGAAGAUCUCGAAGUCCUAGCAGGGACAGAAGGCGUAGAAGAAGUCGCAGUGUAACUCGAUCUCCUAAAAAGUCACCCAAAAGGAAGAUCUCCAAAUCACCCUCACCUAGAAGGCACAAGAAGGAAAAGAAGAAGGAUAAGGAGAGAGAGCGAGACAGAGGUAGAGAAAGAGAGAAGGAACGAGACAGAAGCAGAGAUGAAAGGGAAAGAUCAACCAGCAAGAAGAAGAAAAGCAAAGACAAGGAAAAAGAGCGGGAGAGAAAAUCAGACGGUGAGAAGGGAGAUGUUAAGCGCUCUAAACUGGGACUGUUGCAGGCACAGAUGACUAAGGGAGAACAGAAUGAGGUGACAAGAGAUUAUGAUGAAGAGGAGCAGGGGUAUGACAGUGAAAAAGACAAAAAAGAAGACAAGAAAGGUUCAGACUCUGUUUCUCCCAAGGCGAAGGAAUCUUCAGUUGAUGAUAAAGGAAUGGGGGACACAGUAAGAGAAUCAAAAGUGAAUGGUGAUGAUCAUCAUGAAGAAGACAUGGACAUGAGUGACUGAAUGCAUCUGUUGCCUGCCAUGUGUUUAGCAGUGCUUAUAGCACAUUAGCAGACAUGCAUCAGUAGCAUUCCUUUUAGCUUUUUUUGUUUUUUCAAAUGGCAGCAAGAAGAAUAUACUUGGUGCCUGUAGAGUGUUGGUUGGAGAGCUGCAGUCUUAAAUGUACAGUUUAAAAAAAUGAAUACAUCUGUUGGAAACAUUACAUCAUAAAUCUGGGAGACUAAACCAGUUGGUUUCAUUUACAGUAGAUGGAAUGCCCUGUGUGCAUGGUGGUUGUGAAUUAUUUCCAUUUCAAUACUAAAAUACUGUAACAUCUUUCAUUACUGAUUUUGUCUAAUGGGGAGUCACAUGGUUAUUUCUUCUGUUCAGUUAGUUAUAAAUGCUCGUUAUUACAAGUGCUUUUUGUUUUUUCUAUUUCUGUGCUUAUAUAGUGAGUAUACAGAUAGGUAAUGCUAUCUGUUAAAUUUUUUGAAAGUGUUUCUUUACACAUGUGGAAUUAUCAUCUUAUGUAACAAAAUGCUGUUUCAAAAUAAACAAGUAAUGUACAGCUAUUACACUGGUGGGUAUGCAAGCUGUUGCCAUUAUGUAAAUACAUAUAAACAUUUCACUUUGUUUGAAAAUGACACAUCCUGAUAUUAAAUUCUGAGCCUUGUGACAGUAGUUUUGAGAAUUGGUUGUCAUUAACUGCCCUGGUCUGAUUUAUUUAUUCUUUUUAAUAAAGCUCUACUUGAUGUAUUUUGUGAUACUCUUUUAAUGUACACAUUCUUGAUCUUGUUGCCCAUUGCUCACUGUUGUAUUUGGAAUAUGCACAGAUCUGAUAUUUGCUCAGUCUUGUGGAGUGUUUUUUUUUUUUUUUUUUUUAAACCCCAUAUCGGUUAAAAAUUUGUUGUGGGUUGUAGUCUGCUCUCUGUUCAUGUACAGUUUAUGAAGUGUUUUACAAGUAAAUAUCUUUAAUAAAACCUCUUCAAAAUAA